AUGCUGGAGGAUUUGCUUAGAUGGAUUUCCUUCUUCCUCGGGUCACUCGACGACUACUGUUCCUACCAGGUACUACUGGUCAGCGAGCCUGGGACGGUACUCUUUGUCUAUAACGGUAGCGCUGCCAACGCCCUCGUUGCAAGCCUUCUAAUUUUCCAAAAUAUUACCGGCCUACGUGCUAUACAUGGCUUGAUCUGGGAUGAGCAAGGACAAAUUCUGUGUGCUGUUGGAACGGACGCCGCAGCAGACGGCACCGAUCCAGUCCCUGCUUAUGGAACCAUUGUAGUAUAUCCUGGAGCUCUAGGACAGAACCCUUAUCUAAAGACCCGGAAAUCCCUUGUGUCGGAAGACCGUGGACUACACGCGUUCGAUAUUGGAACUGGCCAGCUCACGGAGCAUUAUGAGAACGAGGUAACAAACGAUGACUGUCAUGGGUAUACUGGUGGGGAGAUAUGGGCGCUGCCGCAGUCAGGCCUGAAGAGUUUCAAUAUUGCACCCGAUGGCAGUUUUGUCUAUGUGCAGGACUUGCGGGUUAAAUCGAGCCGUUCUCAUACGCCUUUGGUUACUCAUGACAAGAAACACAAGUUAAGUAUCGGCGAUAAGAUCUACCGGUCGCGGUGGUUUGGAAACCUUGAUGGCUGGCCUAAAUCCUGA